AUGCAGUUACUUGCAACAGGGAGGGCACUGCGAGUCUCCUGCAGAUGGUCUGUCGCAGCAGCGAAUCUCGCAGCACCCCGGCCGGUAAACAUCCAGCUUCAUCAUCGAUCGCUUCAGCCGAUACUGCGCCCAAGGUUCAACAGCUCUACAGCGGCUGCAAAGGAUAAUGGAGACGGACGACCUCUCGGAUCGAAACCGGCAACUUCAAUUGCUUCCUCACCUCCAGCUUUGACCGUGGGAAACAAGUCCUACCAGCCCGAUGACUGGACAAAUGCGCCCAGUCACAUACUCUCACACCUUGGUCGCCGAUUAUAUCUAGACGAAAACCACCCUCUAUCUAUAACCCGCAAGCUCGUUGAGAGUCAAUUCGCUGGCCCGGAGUUUGGAAACUAUGCCGAAUCAGACCCAAUUGUUACCACAAAGCAAAAUUUUGACGACCUGGGCUUCCCGGCAGAUCACCCUGGACGCAGUCGGACGGACACAUACUACUUGGAUAAAAAUACUGUUCUACGAACACAUACAAGUGCUCAUCAGCGAGGAUAUUUCCAGCAGAUGAACAGAAACGGCACUACCAGGCCGGAGGAGAAAGGAUACACAAUUGUAGCGGAUGUUUAUCGCCGCGAUGCUAUCGACAGAAGCCAUUACCCUGUUUUCCACCAGAUGGAGGGUGCACGGCUGUGGAAGCGGCCUGAAAAUGAGCCAUUGAAGUCCUCUCAGCAAACAGCUGCUGAAAUAUGGAAGGAUGUGGAAGCUCUGCCUCGUCACGACGUUGUUGUCGAGGACCCGAACCCGACACUACACCCGACCCGCAACCCGUUGCAGGACAAGUAUCAUACCGCCGAAGAAGUCGAGGCGAUGGCUGCACAUCUAAAACGCUCUCUAGAACUUCUCGUGAUUAAAAUCUUUUCCGCUGCGCGAGCUGCCACCGAACAUCCUACGGCAGCAGAAGAGCCUUUGAAAAUUAGGUGGAUCGAAGCCUACUUCCCCUUCACUAGCCCAUCUUUCGAAUUAGAAGUGUUCUGGCAGGGUGAAUGGUUAGAACUACUCGGCUGCGGUAUCGUCAAGCAAGACCUCCUCAAUUCAUCUGACGUCCCUCACAGAAUUGGCUGGGCGUUUGGUCUUGGUCUCGAGCGAAUUGCAAUGCUUCUCUUUAAUAUACCCGAUAUCCGACUAUUUUGGUCCAAGGAUCCCAGAUUCCUUUCCCAGUUCCAGGCCGGAAAGAUCACCCGAUUCACACCGUUCUCCAAACACCCAGCAUGCUACAAGGACGUUGCUUUCUGGUUGCCGCCAUCAGCUUCGGGGUCUGUCAGCGCAGCUGGAGGAGCGGUACCAUUCCAUGAAAACGAUAUAAUGGAAAUCGUUCGUGGUUCUGCCGGGGAUUUAGCGGAAGACGUAAAGUUGGUCGACGAAUUCACUCACCCCAAGACGGGACGAAAGAGUUUAUGUUAUCGAAUCAAUUAUAGAAGUUUAGAGAGAACUCUGACGAAUGAGGAAACAAAUCAGCUGCACGAUAAGGUCAGGAAAACGUUGGUGGAAACCGCUGGGGUUGAACUAAGGUGA